UGCUUUUUCGAUGGUGUGAUCUAUUUUGAAGAUUCUGUCGGAAUUCACUGCACGAGUUCAAUGCUUCAGCUUCCUUCCAUAAAUGAAAAAGGGGGCAAUUUUAGGCUAAAAAUGGCGGAUUUGAUCGAUGUCAUGGCCGCCUUUCCAUUGGGGAGGCCUCAAAAUCUCAUCUUGGCGACUCCUCAUAUGAGGAAUCUAACCCAUAGCUUCCCGGAUUUGAGCUCUAGGAGCCGGGCGCUGCGCUGUGUCACCGCUGGCGUUCAGCCGUCUGGCGGCGAGGUGUUCUCGGUGACCUCGUCGAGCAAGUCCAUUGUUGAUUAUCUUGGGGAGAGUACCAAAGGUGAUAUGAAUGUCAAGGAGGAGCAUCUGGAGGCAUUUGGCGUUGAUGGCGAGACGACCUUACAUGGUCCAAUUGAGGAGAUAGCUAGGAAAGAAUUUUUAGAAGCAGAGGCAUUACUCAGUGAGUUGGGAAUUAAGGACCCUUUUACAACAAGGCAUUCUCCACGGGGUAUAUUUUGUAGUCGGACUUUAAAUCUCCGGUCAAUCAGUGCCAUUGGUUAUGACAUGGAUUAUACUCUGAUUCAUUAUAAUGUGAUGGCCUGGGAAGGGCGUGCAUAUGAUUAUGGAAUGGCUAAUCUUCGGAGCAUGGGUUUUCCAGUUGAUGGUCUGGAGUUUGAUCCUGACUUGGUUAUUAGGGGACUUAUUAUGGAUAAAGAGCUUGGUAACUUAGUUAAAGCUGAUCGGUUUGGCUACGUGAAAAGGGCUAUGCACGGUACCCAAAUGUUGUCAACUCCAGCUGUUAGUGAAAUAUAUGGUAGAGAACUGGUUGAUCUGCGAAAUGAUAGUCGAUGGGAGUUUCUUAAUACCCUUUUCUCGGUCUCAGAAGCUGUGAUGUACAUGCAGAUGGUUGACAGAUUGGAUGAGGGGGUCAUACCAGCAGAACUUGGACCACUGGAUUAUAAGGGACUUUUUCAGGCUGUUGCAAAAGCGCUCUUCAGGGCUCAUGUGGAAGGUCAACUUAAGAGUGAAAUAAUGGCUGAACCAGAUCGUUUUGUAGAGCCUGAUCCAGAGCUUCCAUUGGCGCUUUUGGAUCAAAAGGAGGCUGGUAUGAGGUUGCUAUUGAUUACCAACUCGGAUUACCACUAUACAAAUAAAAUGAUGCAUCAUGCCUUCAAUAGAUAUCUUCCUAAUGAUAUGCAAUGGCGAGAUCUGUUUGACAUGGUUAUAGUUUCUGCUAGAAAGCCAGAAUUUUUCCAAAUGUCACACCCAAUGUAUGAAGUUGUAACGAGUGAUGGGUUAAUGUGCCCUUGCUUCAAGGCACGCUCUGGGGGCUUGUAUUCUGGAGGCAGCGCUCAGAUAGUAGAGAACUCCCUUGGUGUUCACGGUGAUGAAAUUUUGUAUGUCGGUGAUCAUAUAUUCACUGAUGUAAGCCAGUCAAAAGUGCAUCUGCGAUGGCGGACAGCUUUGAUUUGUCGAGAAUUGGAGGAUGAGUUAAAUGCAUUAAUCCACAGUCAAGGCCAUAGAGUAGCACUUAUAGAGCUCGUGCAGCAAAAGGAAGUUAUUGGAGAUCUAUUUAAUCAGCUACGCCUUGCACGGCAACGCCGAAGUAAAGAUCGCCCAGCUCAGACUCUUGCUGCAACUCGAAUGGAUGACCAAGAACUGACAGAGAGCAUGCAGAAAUUACUUAUUGUGAUGCAAAGAUUGGAUGAGAAAAUUGCACCCAUGUUAGAAAAAGACGGGGAACGCUUCAAUAAAUGGUGGGGUUAUCUCUCUCGCGCUGGUCUAUGGGAUAAAAGCCAUCUUACAAGACAGAUAGAGAAGUAUGCUGAUAUAUACACAUCGAGGGUUUCAAAUUUCCUACACUAUACGCCGUUCAUGUACUUCCGCUCUCAAGAACAGAAUCUCGCGCACGAUUCGAACUCAUACACUUCUCGAGAUGUUAAUGGAGCCACACUGAGCAUGUAAUUCUCUUAUUCUCAACUCUGCAUUAUUAUUUGCACCAUAUUCCGUAAACAACAAUAGCAAAUACUCGAGGAGUUCAUUGAAUAAACAUAAAUGCAUGACAUUACAAUGCUUAUGUUACAACA